AGAGGAGAAUCAACUGUCAAUUUUCUUCCAUUUCUCUCAGCGGUCGAUUGCAACAUCCCUGAACCCGGGGAUAAUAUUCUUCUUCAACUUCAAUGGCUCUGCGGAAGCCACCACUCCCUAGAAUUCUUCUUGACAACGUCUCUUGCAUGAGAAAUGCACAACAAAUAUUGCGACACGUCAAUGUCUCGGUUCAUGAUGGUGGAGCACUCGUGUUGACAGGCAGCAAUGGCUCCGGCAAGACUACUUUCCUGCGAAUGUUAGCGGGGUUCUCUAAACCUUCAGCUGGUCAGAUUCUUUGGAACGGCCACGACAUUACUCAGUCAGGCAUAUUCCACCAAUACAAGCUUCAACUGAAUUGGCUUUCCCUCAAGGAUGCAGUGAAAGAAAAGUUCACAGUCCUUGACAAUGUUCAAUGGUUCGAGGUUCUUGAAGGUAAGCAUGGCAAGUCCAUGUCUUCCCUGGAACUCAUGGGUCUAGGAAGACUGGCAAAAGAUAAGGCAAGAAUGCUUUCGAUGGGGCAACGAAAGAGGCUGCAGCUUGCUAGGUUGCUUGACUUCGAUAGGCUGAUUUGGCUACUAGAUGAGCCUUCAGUCGCACUAGAUGAGGAAGGGGUAAGGUUGCUAGAAUACAUUAUCGCAGAGCAUCGAAAGAAAGGUGGUAUUGUUAUUGUUGCAACGCAUCUCCCUAUUCAGAUUGAAGAUGCCUUGAAUUUGAGGUUGCCACCUAGGUUUCCCAGAAGGAUGACUUUGGUAGACAUGCUUGAUCGUGCGGAUAUUGCAUGAAUCAGGCGAAGUAAAGC